UUUCAAAUCAGAAUCAGUAGUAGUUUGCGCCAGCAAUCAAACUACAGUUUGUUUUCCAAAGCAAAAUGUUCAAAGAAUUUUCACUAUUUUUGGUGGGGUUGCAAAUUUGCUAUGCAGCAAAUCGCAAUGUUCAGUUUUCGAAAGAAUUCAGUUUUGGUGUAGCUACAUCGGCCUAUCAAACAGAAGGUGCUUGGAAUAAGGACGGAAAAGGUGAAAAUAUAUGGGAUCGCUUAUUACAUACGAAACCUGGCUUUGCCAAUGGUACCAACGGUGAUGUAGCAAGCAAAGGGUAUUACAAAAUGAUGGAAGAUGUGGACUUGCUGAACUUCCUGAACGUAGGACAUUACAGGCUAUCUAUUUCAUGGUCCAGAAUACUUCCAAAUGGAAAACCUUCUUACGUGAACCAAUUAGGAGUAGAAUACUACCGAAGAUUGUUCCGAGUACUGAAACAAAAUCAAAUCGAACCAUUCGUCACCCUCUAUCACUGGGACCUUCCUCAACCUCUUCAAGAUAUGGGUGGUUUCCUCAACAAAUCAAUGGUCAAUUGGUUCAGAGACUAUGCAAAAGUUGCCUUCAAAUUAUUUGGGGAUGACGUAAAAUAUUGGUCAACUUUUAACGACCCCUACAGCAUUUGCGCCAACGGGUAUGGAGGAAGCUCAUUAGCCCCUGCAUUGAACAAAUCUGGAGAAGCAGAUUACAUUUGUGGACACAACCUGCUACUUGCUCACGCUGCGGCAUAUCAUUUAUACGACAAAGAAUUUAGGAAAAUACAGGACGGAAGAAUUUCCAUAAACAUCAAUUCCAAUUGGGUAGAACCAAUAAGUACCAGUGAAGAAGAUAAAAUGGCUGCAGAGGUACAAAAACAAUUUAUGAUGGGCUGGUUUGCCAAUCCUAUAUAUAAUGGAGACUAUCCAGAAGUUAUGAAAGAGCGUAUAAGGGAGCGUAGUUUGUUGCAAGGAAAACAUAAUUGUAGACUUCCCUCAUUCAGCAGAGAAGAAAGGGAGAUGAUCAGAGGAACCCACGACUACUUCUCUCUUGGCACUCAGACUAUGUUACUAGCCAAGUCAGUGAAUUCUCCAUUACGUCCAGUGAAUCUUCAACAAGACGUCGGUGCCAAAGUGAUAGAAAAGCAGGGGGAUGUUUCUUGGGGAAUGAGGAAACUACUUGUAUGGAUAAAGAAAAAUUAUAACAAUCCCUCAAUAUUCAUAACCGAAAAUGGUUUAGGGACGAAAUCCGCAACUCCGGAAGAUCCAGAACGCAUUGCUUACAUACAGGGUAUGCUAGUCAACGUAUAUGAUGCCAUGACUAUCGAUAACGUAAGAGUUUACGGCUACACCUACAAUAGUUUCAUGGACGGGUUCAACUGGAGAGACGGAUACUCGAAGAAGUUUGGUCUCUUUGCUGUCGACUUCAACGAUCCCGAUAGAACAAGAACCGCAAGAAGGUCUGCAUACUUUUACAAACGUCUCUGCUCUACUGGAAAUACUUCGAAUGUAUAUUAUAGUGGAAGCUGGCGUCGUGAUUACCAAUAUUGAAAAUCUUUGAUUUAUUAAAUAAAGAAUGCAUUGAAUA